AUGGAGGCAAUGGUCAAAGGCAAGCGGGAGAGGCCGGACCGCUUUCCCAAGUUCAUCACCUGCCCAAGUGAAAUGGUGGCGCUGUCGAUUGCGGACGGCUACGCGCGUGUCACCGGAGAACCUCAAGCCGUCAUUGUGCACGUCGACGUUGGAACACAGGCACUCGGAUGUGCCGUACACAAUGCCAGCGUCGGCCGCGCGCCUGUGCUCAUUUUUGCCGGUCUAUCCCCAUGCACGCUGGAAGGCGAAUAUCGCGGGAGCAGAACCGAGUUCAUUCACUGGCUACAAGACGUCCCGGACCAGAAAGCGAUAGUGUCACAAUACUGUCGCUACACCGCCGAAGUGAAAAAAGGCAAGAACAUCAAACAGGUGGUGAACCGGGCGUUGAGUUUCGCCACAAGUGAGCCUCGUGGGCCAGUCUACUUGCAAGGGGUGCGCGAGGCCAUGGAAGAGGUCAUUGAGCCGUACGAGAUCCGACAGGAGUUUUGGAGCCCCGUGGAACUUGGUGGCCUAACACCGAGACACCUCGACAUCGUGGCUAAAGCCUUGGUCUCCGCGCGAGAACCUCUGGUUAUCACGGGCUAUUGCGGACGAGAUACUGCCGUAGUACCCUUACUCGUGGAGUUGGCCAACAUUAUCAAGGGCUUACGUGUUCUCGACACCGCCGGCUCGGACCUUUGCUUCCCUGCAGAUCAUCCUGGCUGGUUGGGAGUGAGGUACGGAUCGGACGAGGCCAUACGUACAGCCGAUGUGAUAAUAGUACUCGAUUGCGAUGUGCCGUGGAUCAACACGCAAUGCAAGCCCGCCGAUGCUGCCAGGAUCAUCCAUUUCGACGUCGACCCUUUAAAACAGCUAAUGCCUCUCUUCUACAUCGACGCGAUACUACGUUGUCGCGUCAACAUCGCCGUUGCUCUUGGCCAGAUCGUCCAGUAUCUAAAGACCGGGCUCGCGGACCGAAUCAACGCAAACCAGGAACAAUACACAAGACGCUGGUCGGCCCUUCAAGCGUCAUACACCCAAAGGCUCGCUGCGAUAGCUUCACAGGCCGAGCCGAACCAGGACGGCUCGUUCGGAUGUGACUUCCUGAUUUCGCAAGUCCGGAAGGCAUGUCCGAAAGACACCGUCUGGGUCAUCGAAGCCGUCACCAACACAUUCACCGUGUCCGAUCAGCUCCAGGCAACACUACCGGGAAGCGUGUUCAGCGCGGGUGCGGGCGGCCUGGGUUGGUCGGGAGGUGCAGCUCUUGGUAUCAAAAUGGCGACCUCUGCCCAGAACGGAGGCAAAGGCAAGUUUGUGUGCCAGAUCGUCGGCGAUGGCUGCUUUCUCUUCUCCAUCCCUGCCAGCGUGUACUGGAUUGCGCAGAGGUACGAGAUACCCGUGUUGACCAUAGUGCUCAAUAACAAUGGCUGGAACGCCCCUCGUAAGUCUCUGCUGCUUGUCCACCCGGACGGAUUGGGGUCCAAAGUCAGCAACGAAGAGCUCAACAUCUCAUUUGCGCCUAAUCCGGAUUACGCGACCAUUGCAAAGGGUGCAUCAGGAGGAAAAUGCUGGGUGGGCCGAGUCGAUACCGUGGAGGAAGUGGCACGAAUGCUGCCCGAGGCCGUGGACGCCGUACAACACGGCGUUUCCGCUCUAUUGGACGCUCGUAUAGCAGGUACUUCUGUACGAUGA